CUGCACGUGUGUUUAUUUUUAAAAUAUGAAAUUUCUAUUCUGCUUUUAAAAAAUCCUCGUGACUGAGUUGCACUUUAAGAGUCGACGCAGCAGAUUAUUUUAACACUGUAUUGGAAAUCGGGAAAGAUCUGAAGCUUCGUCAGCAUGAGAGUGGGUAGUGUUCGGAUGGGAAGGAAGAGGCUGCAGUGCAAUAUUCCCUUAGUUUGGGAGGCAAAGGUCGGUGUAUUAAAGCUGGUUUGGACGCAUUCAGAAGAACACGGGAGAUUCCGAACACUGGAGGAUUUACUUUCUCUCUAAAACGUUGGUGCCCUAUUGGUUGUAUACACUUUAUGUAUGCCCCCAAGGAAAUUCCACGGGGGCGGAGUACACGUAGGACACUGAGGACAGCACUUCUCUAUAUCGCUUCAUCUAAGUGUGGACUUUGGUACAGUGGUUCGGAGGAGCUCGGAGAUGUUUGAGAAGCUCGGCGAGUUGAGCCAUAGCCGGCUCCUGGGGUCGGUCAGUCCGCCGGGAGACACGCCGACCCCCACCUCGACUUGCUCCGGGAGCCUCUCUCCGCCUGGGGGCUGCGAGGCGCUGAGCUACAGCGUGGUCCUGGAGGAUGUCAAUCGCCUGUCCCACCUGCUGGGCCGCUUCUUGAAGACGGCGGAGAAUUCCGAGCGCUGCCGCGGCUCGGCGGGCGCCGUCGGCGUGAAACCGGCGGAACCGAUCUUCCCGGUCAGGAGGCGAGCGGAGGCGGCGUCCGGCCAGGGGUCGCUCAGGGAUCGGGAGAGUAUCGGGCGCAAGGGCGGCGCAACCGCGACGGAAGGGGGGGCCAGGAAGAAGUGCCUGAGGGAACUGAUGCUCCGCAAUGGCUGGGAUGGCUUCAGCGGCAUGUGGAGCGCCCAUAGCGGCGGGAGGGAGGAGGAGGAGGGGGCGUCCCUAUCGGGCGGAGCGCUGGAGCCCCGGGAACAUGAGUGGAUGCUGGCGCUGGCGGCCGGCGACUGGGAAGCGAUGGAGGCGCUGCUGCUCCUGGAGCCCGGCUUACUGAACCACAGGGAGUUCGUCAGCGGCCUGACCGCCGCCCACUGGCUGGCCAAGCAAGGCGACCACCACGGCCUGAUAAAGCUGGUGUGCCUGGCCGAGAGCCGCGGCUGGCGGGUCGACCUGAACGCGCGGGCGGCCGGCGGCGGCUACACCCCCCUGCACGUCGCCGCGAUGCAGGGCCACGCCAUGGUCAUCAAGCUGCUGGUCGGCGCCUACAACGCCGACGUCGACAUCCGCGACUACCGCGGCCGCAAAGCCUGGCAAUACCUAGCCAGCGGGACCCCCGAGCAACUCCGGCAGCUGGCCGGAGCUCAGGAGGAACAGGGGCCGCAGCAUCUCCGUCAAGUCCUGGCACCGCACAAGCAGCUGGACAGUCCAACCAAGGAUCGCGAACUCUCCCUGAUCCCCUCCGUAUACCGACUCCUGAAACUAUCUCCUUGGCAUCGACAGAAGCCAGAAAGGGCUGACUCCAGGUAGAAUCAGCCCUUGUGUGUUUUUGGGGGGGGGGGGUCUCGAACCUUGGAACCCCCUUCCAUCAAUUGACUCGCAGACUAUAUCUUCUGAAGGGCCAUUGGACUCAAAACUUCAACUGUUUUCGUUUCUUUUCCACCGCGUGAUCAACUGGUCUUGGUCACUUUCCAAGAAUAAAGGCGAAACACUGCGGAUGCUGGCAAUCUGAAUUUUAAAAAUAAACACGCUGAAAAACGCUGGAGGUAUUCAGCAGGCCUGACAGCGCCUGUAGAGGAGAGCGAGUUAACGUUUGGAGCCCGAUGUAGCUCUAAGGAACUGCUGUCACAGAAUCCAAUAUGACUAUAAUUCCAAAAUUGGAGCCAUACUGGACUUCAAACGUUGUCUGUCUCUUUCUUCCUGAGCCGUUGCCACCUGACCCGUUAAGCUUUCCAGCACUUUCUAUUUUCAUUAUGUUUUUUAAAAGUACGUUAGUCUUCGAGUUUGAGAACAAUUUCAUAAUAUGUCUUCUAAAGUUCGGUACGCUUUCAUUUUAUAACUGUAAUCAAGUUCCUUCGUAGGAUUUUUUUAAACUUACUUCAGUGAAUGUACGAAUGUAUGGACGAGAGAAAGCCCGAAGGUGUUUUGCCAAACUAAGGCAAAACAUUCAUUUCAAACUCUCACUUAUCCUGUCGAAAUGUAACACUCCAUAUUUAUGGGACUGAUUUUUGAUGUAGUUUUAGAGGAAAUCAUGAGAACGAACUCUCUUUAAUAAUAUUUGUAUUUUUGGUCGGUAUGUCCUGACAUCAGAAGCAGAUUUGAUGGACCAGAUCAGAAGACGAUCCUGAAUUAACCAGUGUACCAUAAACAUGCAUUGUCAGCACAAUUGUUAAUACAUGAUUUGUUUAACGUUCAGGUGAUGUGAAGAUUUAAAUUUAUAUUUUUAGCCUUGAGACUGGUUAUUACUGUAGAAAUACUGUCUGGGUCAGUUCAUGUUGCUUCUGUGAAUUGAUUUUUGGUGUAAAAAUCAGCAUUAAUAAUAGGCAAUAAAAGUAACCAGGUACUGAGAUCUAAAAUACAAGACAUUGUGAUUUUUUUUCGAGUAGAAAACUUGAAUUUAC